AUGGCGGCCCGGAAGCCUAACAUCCUCUAUAUCAUGGCAGACCAGAUGGCUGCGCCCCUUCUGGCCUUCCACGACAAGGACUCGCCCAUCAAGACACCGAACCUGAACAAACUGGCAGAAGAGGGCGUUGUCUUCGACUCGGCGUACUGCAACUCGCCACUAUGCGCGCCUUCCCGGUUCGUCAUGGUGACCGGUCAGUUACCGUCCAAGAUCGGUGCAUACGAUAACGCCGCCGACCUGCCCGCCGAUAUUCCCACGUACGCUCAUUACUUGCGCCGCGAAGGUUACCACACUGCACUUGCUGGCAAGAUGCAUUUCUGUGGUCCUGACCAGCUUCACGGCUAUGAGCAGCGCCUGACUUCAGAUAUCUACCCCGGUGAUUAUGGCUGGUCAGUCAACUGGGACGAGCCGGAUGUGCGUCUCGAUUACUACCAUAACAUGUCCUCGGUCAUGGAUGCCGGCCCCGUUGUGCGCACCAACCAGCUCGACUUUGACGAGGAGGUCAUCUAUAAGUCCAAGCAGUACCUCUACGACCAUGUGCGCCAACGCACCGACCAGCCCUUCUGCUUGACUGUCUCCAUGACCCACCCUCAUGAUCCUUAUGCUAUGACUAAGGAGUUCUGGGACCUGUACGAGGAUGUUGAGAUCCCGCUGCCCAAGCACGCAGCCAUCCCUCAUGACCAGCAGGACCCUCACUCCCAGCGCAUCCUCAAGUGCAUCGACCUGUGGGGUAAGGAGCUGCCAGAGGAGCGCAUCAAGGCCGCGCGCCGCGCUUACUACGCGGCCUGCACGUACGUUGACACCAAUGUCGGCAAGCUCCUCAAGGUGCUCGACGAGACCGGUUUGCGCGACGACACCAUCAUCGUCUUCACUGGCGAUCACGGUGACAUGCUUGGCGAACGCGGUCUUUGGUAUAAGAUGGCCUGGUUCGAGAACUCGGCUCGCGUGCCUUUCAUCGUCAACGCCCCCAACCGGUUUGCUCCGGCCCGCAUCUCGCAGAACGUCUCGACCAUGGAUAUCCUGCCGACCUUUGCCGAACUAGUUGGUGCGCCGCUAGUCAAGGAACUUCCCCUGGACGGAGUCUCCUUGGUACCGUACCUGACCGGUGAAGACGGCGUGAAGACCGACACCGUGCUGGGCGAGUACAUGGGUGAGGGCACUCAAUCCCCCGUCGUGAUGAUCCGCCGCGGCCGCUGGAAGUUCGUCUACUCCCUCAUCGACCCGCCUAUGCUCUUCGACGUCCAGAACGACCCGCUGGAAAAGGUCAAUCUCGUUGCCGGCCUCCCUGACCCGUCAAUGGCAGCCGCAGCGGACGCCAAAGCAGCAGCAGCCACUGCUUUCAACAAAGCUGCACCCGCAACGCUCCCAACCCCUGCUGAAUCUCCGCGCGCAACACCCCUUGCCCACCGCAAUGCGGCUCAGGACUACCCCUUCCCGAGCCCAACACCCCCGCGCACCCCUAGCCCAGGCAAGCCAUCCAAUGUCACCGUCCCCGAGACCACGGACCCAUCCAAGCUCCUCGCCUACUUCACGGAGGAGGUUCACUCUCUCUGGGAUUUGGAGAGCAUUCGGCAGGAUGUCUUGCGCUCGCAGCGCCGCCGGCGCCUCGUCUACUCUGCGCUAAUCAAGGGCACCCCUCACUUCUGGGACUGGGAGUACCGCGUUGACCCUAGCACCCAAUAUGUCCGCAACCAGGGCAAGGGCGUGCUAGAUGAUGUGGAAUUCAUCUCGCGCUGGCCGAGAGUCCUGCAACAGGCUGCUCAGGCUCAGGGCGUGAAGGUUUAAGCCGCCUAUUCUCUGAUCGUUCUAUUCAUUUCCUAUUUGGGAAAAGUGCCUUUUUUUUUUUUUUCUCUCUUAUCUACCAUCGGCGUUUGAGCGAGGCGCUAUACCCAGCAUUACCAUUUAUUGACAUUGUCAGCCGUGCAUAGCUUUUAUCCUUUGUUUACUGCACUGCCUUGCUGAAGAGAACUGUUUGACUUUUGAGUCCUUUUGCUCGCGCUUAGCGAUUAUGUUGCUGUCAUUCUGUGAAUGCUUUUUGCAUUGAGAAUCUUCGUCUUGCGCAUUACCUUUUUACUUGGCUCUCCGUACAUAGAACUGAACUGGAUCUGAAUAUUGUCUUCUGGAUCUGAAUUUAG